GCAGACCAUCAGGAAACAGGGAGGAGGAGGAGGAAGAGGAGGAGAGUGAAUCUACAGAACGUGAGGUGCCGGCAGCAGAUGUAGGAAGCUGGGAGGAGGAGGCGGGGGGUGGGCCUUCCAGACUGGAUGGGCCCAGCGAUGCCUUGAUGGAGUAUGGGCCAGGUUUUAGGAUUCUCCCACUGCCAGGAUUAUGGCUCUGUAGCAUCGACUCCAGACUCAACACCUCCGUGUACGGACGGUGGGAAUGAGGAGUCAGAGGUGUUUGAGCUGCAAACAGCCAGAGAGUGGUCUGACGAGGAGGACGCAGAUCCUGAAGACGAUGAAGGACAGGCGUCUUCCUCGUCCAUCUGGGGCACCCCUCGCCAGAACUCUUUCGAGCUGACUUUCUCCUACAUCGCCAUCGCGGAGGCCGAAGCCGUCGGAGCCUCGCGGCACCACCGCGAGCGGCGCAGGGGCGGCCCUCGGGGAAGCCGCUCCCCUUUGGUCCGAACAGACACUCUGGAGACGCUGUUGGACUCCCCCGACGUGGACUGGGACCCGCAGGCAUUUCUCAGCCGAGACGAAGAGGAGGGAACGUCGCAGGAGGAGGUCGAACCGAGGAGUUCGAGCGCAGCAGGGAGCGAGGACGAGGAGCAAAGUGAGAGUCAGGAGAGAGAUGGAGGAGUGCAAAGAGUGGAGGCUUUGAAUCAAAAUGUCCAGCCUGCCUCACGGGCCCAACAGAACUCCUCACAGACAGCUCAGGCCUCACCGACCGCGGAGCCUGAGUCUCCGGUCACCAUGGAAAGCAUAUCGGUCACACUGCUCACGUCCGUGCGACCCGCAGACCGAGGGAGCUCCUCGCCGGCUGUUUUCGGCCUUAACUCUCAGGAACAGCUGGUUAGCGGUCACUGGUUUUCAGCACACAGCCUCACGGAGGACRGGACGGUGUUUGCUCACGUAGCAGUGAUGGACCUGAUCUACUGGAAGGACAUGGAGCGAACCGGCAUGGUGCUCACUGGGUUAGUGGUGGGUUUGCUGUCCCUGUUCCAGCUCAGCAUCAUCACCGUCGUCUCCACCGUCUCCCUGGCCGUCAUGUGCUUCACCAUCUCGGCACGCAUCUAUUUCCACUUCCUGUACAUCCUCGGCUGGAGGGACGGAGAGCACCCCUUCAAGUCAUACUUGGAGCAGGACGUCUGCUUCAGCGGCGAGCAGGCGGACCUGUUCAUGCAGAGAGCCAUUGUUCUGACUCUAUCAGCUGCCGAGGCUCUGAAGAGACUCGUUUUUGUAGGAAACCUUUUCGAAUCUCUUAAGUUGCUGUUUCUGAUGUACCUGGUGACGUACCUGGGAGACUUGAGCAACGGCCUUACUCUAAUCAUCAUCAUUGUGAUCGCUGUCUUUUCUUUGCCACUUUUCUAUAAACAACACCAGGAGGAGGUGGAUGGCUUCAUCGCAAAACUCCAGGCGCAAAUUGACGACUCGAAGGACUUUCUGCGAAGACUUGUCCAGGGUGGCGGUCCUCCUCCCGAUCCAACGCCCAGUGGAGCCAAACCCAAAACCCAGUAAAAGCUCGUGGGAAAAAAAGACGACUUCAGAAGAAGCCACAGAAAGAUGUUUUACUCAGCUGUCUGUUUUCAGAGCUCCAGAAGUUGGCGCUCCAGACACCCGAGAGGAUCACGCAGGGUACUGAACACUGACUGUAUUUAGGUUGUAGGAUUUAAACAGGUUAGAAGAGUCCUGAUUGAAACUCUCUGUGCUGAUGUCAGAAAGGAACAUCGAUUUUGAAAAUAGGUUUGGAUAAAAGUAAAAAAAACUGUCGUCCAACUUUUCAUUCAACGAGACAAGACAGGGUCAUUAUUAACCUUGGCAUCGUAAAACUAGCAUUGAUGUACGUUUCUGAUCACGUUUUCAUCCUCAGAAUGUUACUGAAGAGAAGUCCUGAAAUGAAGCUUUCUACGGUCACAUUUCUUCCUUAUUUUCCAAAAACAUUUAACUUUCUUCACAGCUCAACUUUCAGUCACACAGCUUUACUUUCUACUCUGCAUUUUUUAUGUCAUAUUUUGGAUGUAAACGAAAAAGAUGCCUUUAGGUGGACAAGCAAAUUUAGGUUUUAACAUUUCAAGCAGAUCAUCUGUGUAUCUCCAGCUGUGGAUGAAGCGUGUGAAGCCAUGAGACGCAGCAGGUGCCUUUUUAUAAACCGCACGAUUUCAAAGAGCCACUUCUUUAAAUCUAUCGGCCCAUGGUCUGCCGGACAACAGUGUUUCACAGAAUUGUAAGUAAACCAGCUUCAGGAAUAACAAACUGAUUCAGGAUGCUCUGUUCUCUCUAUCAGUCGAUGCUUUAAAAGCUUCCGUUGCCGUUGAUGUCGACAAAUAGGAUCCAUCAAAACUCCGACGGCAUGUUAGCCUCAUUGUGAUGCCUUUAAUGAACUCGGAGCGGUUCCACAAACACCUCCCGUGUUUUCUUCUCAGUCUUACUAACUAAAAUAUACCUGUUGUCUUCGAGACAUUUUAACUAUAUUUACUGUAUCGACACGAAUUGGCAUGGUUUCCCACAGCUUCUCUGUGUCGUCAGGUUGUGUUUAAACUGAGCCGCUGGUUGGUUAGUCAGACUAUACCUUCACACUGCAGGUCUAAAUGCUCGCUUCAGAUGUAUUUGUGUGGUCGUUCACGUUAUUGUUUAAAUGUGAUCCAGUCAGACUCCAGUUUGAACAGUCCACAGCCCCGAGGCGACCCGCUGAACAAAGACGUGACGUCACAUUGGGCAGUUUUGCAGAAUUUAGCAAUGAUUGGCACAUUAGUGUGGAUUCUUAUUCAUCUGGCAAAAUAAAAUAAAAAAUAAAACAGACAAAUCACCUGGACUUCAGUUCUUUAGCUGAAAAUUUGUGAGUUUCAAGCUUUAAACUGCAUGAUGUUGGUAGUGAUGAUAUCCAUAUUUAGACAGAUCCAUAUACCUCAACCUCAUUGAUGUAAAAACCAGACUUGACCGUUCAGAAACAUGUAACAGAUUGAUUACCACAGAUGGAAAAUACCUGGGUUGGAUUUGUCACGCUCAGACUGGGGCGGCACGGCGACUCAGUUGCCUCUCAGCAAGAAGGUUGCCAGAUCAAAUCCCAGGCCAGGACCUUUCUGGGUAGAGUUCUUUCUGUGCAUGCGUGGGUUUUCUCUGAUUACUCCAGGGUUCUCCCACAAACCAUGACUGUUAGGUUAAUUGGCAACUCUAAACUGUCGUGAAUGGUUGUUUCUCUAUGUGGCCCUUGCGACCUGUCUAGGGGAUAUGGGCACCAGUGACCCCCAUGACCCUGAAAGGAGAAAGUGGGUAUGGAUGAAUGGAUGGAUAAUAUAUAUAUAUAUAUAUAUAUAUAUCUGAACAAAAAAAUCUGCAGUGUGAAUGUAUCCCGACAUGUUUGGAGGGUUUUUUAUUUGCCAAUUCCAAGUGUUGGAUCACUGUAUAAAAAUAAAAACUGUAAAAUACAA